AUGGAUAUAUGGCAAGAUCAUCAUGCUUACCACAACUUCCACAUCUUUAUGAAGAGAACAACAGAGGUUUUAGAAGAUAUCCAAGAUGUAGACGUGGUCUACAAUAUCUCCUCUAAGACCUUUGUCAAAUAUAAUCAAGGAGUGACAGCACAUGAAUAUGAAGUCGUCGACAAAUUACAAGAUGAUGUAAGUAAAGUCUACAAGUACACAGUGGAAAAUACCUUGACGUUCAAUGGUGACAAAUUCCAACUGCCCAGAUAUGGGAAGAAUGAAGAACUCAGAAGGAGCACUGGAUGCAGAACACUGGAGAACCAUCUCCAAGAACGAAACGAACAUGUAACAGACUUGACUAUUAUAGUGUCAGAUGAGCCAGCAUUUAGAGAACACAAAGCAAAUGCUGCAGAAGCCACGAAAACGACAAGGAUGAUUAUGAGAACUCGAUUGCCCCUCCCCCCCCCCCCACCCCCCACCACCCCCCCCCCACCCCCCCGUCCCCUUUAAAAACCCUCCCCGCCUCCCCCUCCCCCCACCCCCCCCCCCCCCCCCCCUCCCCCCCCCCCCUCCCCCCCCCCCCACCCCCCCCAACCCCCUCCUUCCCCCCCCUCCCCGCCUCCCCCCCCCCACCCCCCCACCACCCCCCCGCCUCCCCUCCCCCAAACCACCCACCCCCCCCCCCCUCCUCCCCCCCCACCUCCCCCCCCCCCCCCACCUCCCCCUCCCCCCCAAACCUCCCGCCUCCCCUUUCCCCCCAAACCCCCCCCCCGCCCCCCCCCUCCCCCCCACCACCCCCCACCCCCCCCCUCCCACCCCCCCUCCCCGCCUCCCCCUCCUCCCCCACCCCCCCCCCGCCCCCCCUCCUCCCCACCCCCCCCCCCUCCCCCCUCCCUUUCCCCACCACCCCCCCCGCCUCCCCCCCCCACCCACCACCCCCCUCCCCCCCCCCCCACCCCCCCACCCCCCCCUCCCCUCCCCCACCCCCCUCCCCCCCCCGCCUUCCCCUCCUCCAAUUCCCCCCUCCCCCCCCCCCACCCCCCCUCCCCCCCCCCCCCAACCCCCCCCCUUUUCCCUCCCCCCCCCCCUCCUCGCCCCACCCCCCCACCACCCUCCCCCCCCCCCCCCUCCCCCCCCUCCCCCCCUUCCCACCCCCCCCCCCCUCCCCCCCCCCUCCCCCCCCCCUCCCCGCCUCCCCCCCCCACCCCACCCCCCCCCCCACCCCCCCGCCCCCCCGCCUCCCCACCACCCUCCCCCCCCCCCCUUCCCCCCCCACCCCCCCCCCCCCCGCCUCCCCCCCCCCCCCCACCCCCCCUCCCCCCACCCCCCCCGCCCCCCGCCUUUCCCCACCACCCUCCCCGCCCCCCCCCCCCCCCCCCAACCACCCUCCCCCCCUUUCCCCCUCCUCCCCCCCCCCCCCCUCCUCCCCAAACCCCCCUUUCCCCGCCUCCCCCCCCCCCCCCACCCCCCCCCGGCCUCCCCCUCCUCCCCCCCCCAACCCCCCCCCCCUUUCCCCCCCCCCCCCCUCCCCCCCCCCCACCACCCCCCCCCCCACCACCCCCCCCGCCUCCCCCUCCUCCCCCCCACCCCCCCCCCUUCCCCCCACCCCCCCCACCUCCCCCUCCUCCCCCCACCCCCCACCCCUCCCCCACCACCCUCCCCCCCCCCCCUCCUCCCCACCUCCCUCCCCCCCCUCCCCCUCCCCCCACCUCCCCACCACCCCCCCCCUCCCACCACCCUCCCAGCCUCCCCCCUUUCCCCCCCACCACCCUCCCACCUCCCCCCCCCCUCCCCACCCCCCCCCCGCCUCCCCCUCCCUCCCCACCACCCCCGCCUCCCCCUCCUCCGCCUCCCCCUCCCCCCCCACCACCCCCCCCGCCUCCCCCCCCCUCUCCACCUCCCUCCCCGCCUCCCCCCCCUCCCCCCCCUUCCCCACCCCCCCCCAAACCUUCCCCUCCUCCCACCUCCCCCCUCCGCCUCCCCCCCCCCCCCCCCACCUCAACACCACCCUCCCCACCACCCUCCCAGCCUCCCCCUCCCCCCCCACCCCCCCCUCCCCCCCCCCCCUCCCCCCCACCACCCCCCCCUAACCACCCUCCCGGGCCCCCCCCUCCUCCCCCCCAAACCCUCCCCGCCUCCCCCCCCCCCUCCCCCCCCCAACCCCCACCUCCCCCUCCUCCCCCCCCCCCUCCCCCCCCCCCACCACCCCCCAGCCCCCCCUCCUCCCCACCCCCCCCACCUCCCCUC